ACAAACAUGAGAACUGGUUUUUUCUUUCAAAACUUUUGAUGUGUAUAAAUGUUGACUUUUCAAUUAUAGGAAAAUGAAUAUUAACAAAACCUGGGAUACAAAAUCUAUAGAAAAUUACAAAACUGCUCAAGGCAUCCAAAAGCAGUUGCGUCAAGGAAACUCGGCGUACUUGUGUAGCCAUCCGGAGAUUCAAGCUAUAAUCCGCGUACUCAUUCAUGAGCUAAUAAAUGAGAACCCCGCGAAUUUUUACAAUUUUGUGUCCACUUUUUUUACCUGUAGUAAUACACCUCGUUUGACAAUAUUGAUAAAUCAGCAGUUAAAACUAAUGAAUAAACAGCGUAAGAAAAGUCGUUACGCCGGAUUUGACCCUGACGUGAUUCUGAAAGGAAGAAGGUCCACCGACUCUUUAAUUUCGAAAAUUUCCAUACCUGAGAACGUCAACGCAAUUUUGAGAUAUGCUUUAGUUAAAACUUCAAAAACUAACUUACCAUCAAGUUUUUGUGAUUAAAAUUUCUAGUAUGCAUACAAUAAAUAUAAAUCUAAACCUUUA